CGUUGCCGGUGGGUUAGGAAUACUUCCGGCUAGCUAAAAGUUGGGUUUAUAGAUAAGGCGCCCAAUAUUUUCUUGAUUUUACAAAAACAAAAGAAAUUGAGCACUCAAUUAAAGAUGGGUUGUGAAGAAGAAGUUCUCGGUGUUGGAAAAAAAUUGGAUAAAAUGAUUUCAAACCAAACAACAGAUCACACUUCUGUUCUGGACCUACUCAAAACAUUGCAGGACCUACCAAUGUCCCUGGAUGUACUUCAAAAGACUAGAAUAGGUAUGACCGUUAAUAAUUUACGUAAAGCCAGUAAGAGUGAGGAGGUUAUUUCAUUGGCUAAAACACUUAUUAAAUCAUGGAAGAAACUUCUACCAGGGGAGACUACCCAGUCCAAUAAAAGUGGAAGUUCAUCGUCAUCAAAAAUGAAGAUUGACGAGACUUCAAACGACAGCACUGACGUACAGAAUGAAAAAGAAGAAAGUAAGCCUAAAACCGCUUCAGAUACAACUGAUGCCAUUCGUCUAAAAUGUCGAGAACUUUUAACAACAGCUCUAAAAUGUGAUAAUCCACCAGAGAACAGUGGCAAUCCAUCAGAAAUAGCCUCAGCCAUUGAAGAUUAUAUCUUCAUGGAAUUUACCUCAACAAAUCCCAAAUAUAAAAACCGUGUUCGAAGUCGUGUAGCUAAUCUCAAAGACAGUAAAAAUCCUCAAUUGAGGGCUCAUGUUCUUAUUGGAGUUAUCUCCCCACAGAGAAUGGCAAACAUGCCAGCUGAGGAAAUGGCGAAUGAAGAGAUGAGGAAGCUUCGUCAAAAGUUAACGAAAGAAAGUAUUGACGACCAUCAAAUGGCUAAAAAUGAAGGCACAGUGUCCGAUCUAUUUAAGUGUGGAAAGUGCGGCCAAUAUAACACAACUUAUACUCAACUUCAAACAAGAAGUUCUGAUGAACCGAUGACAACUUUUGUAUUUUGUAAUGUAUGUGGAAAUAGAUGGAAAUUCUGUUAAAAUAACUUAUUGAAAAUUUAUCCACAAGAAAAAAAAAACAAUUUUAAUUUUAAGAGUGUACUGUGUUUGUUGAUUUGUCAUCUUCCUAUAAAAAGGUUCCUUGUUAGUCUCAAAAUGACUUAAGUAAAGUGUUGAUGAGAUAUCAUUCAUUUUAUUACAUUAUUAGCUGUUGAUUUUUUUUCUUUAUGUACAUCAUACAUGUACAUGUACCCAUACAGCAUUGAGUUUGUUUAUAUAUUUAUGAAUAAUGCAAAGAUAUUAAUUAAGCUUAUGAAAUAUUUACAGAACUGAAACUGGUUGGGUUUUUUUUAGGCUCUUUUCUCCUUUUGGUUUCUUCUAAUUAUGCAUGUCAAUUUUUGAUGACCAUACAUUAUGGUUGAUGGAUUGUAUAUUUCAGUUUGUAUUGUUCAAAAUGAUUGUGUGAAAGAGUUUUGUAAACUAAUUGUUUAGAAUAGAUUUUAAAAGGGUUUGGUGCAUGAUAGACUUUGGUUUAAAUAAGAAUAUAUUUAACACAAGGUACACUGUACAAUUUUAUGGAUACACAAUUACUGAGUUUAAUACUAAGCGACAUUUCGACGAGGAUACUCUCGGUCUAAUCACAUAACCUGUAUCAUUUGUUUGAUAAAGAUGAGAGUAUCUUCGUCGAAACUUACGGGUGUGGAUGGCAGAAUGGUUAGCACAUGUGCGCUGUGUCAUAAUAGCUGUCAUUGAAUCAAAUGGCAAGGUUCAGAUUCCCCGGUUGUACGUGACAAAUAGAAGGGUCGCCUGUCCAACUUCAUGUUUUUUUCCCUGAGGUCCUCCGGUUUCCUCCCCCUGCUAAAGACCCCUACGAGCAAGCUAAUUAUUGAAAUAAAACUAAACCAUGUUAGUCCCGAAAUGACCUAGUUUGUGUCGAGUGGACUUUGAACCCUAUUUUUCUCUGUAUCAUCUAAAGUCUCUUAGUAUUAAACUCAGUAAUUGUGUGUCCAUAAAAUUGUACCUUGUGUUAAUAUGUUCAAUUACUAAAUGCCAAUCAAAGAAGAAGAAUAUAUUUGCUUGGGUUUGUUUAGACAGUUGUCACAAACAUACAUGUAUACAGCAUUGGGGAAUUGUAGUACUACUAGCAACAGUGUACUUAUGGUGUAUUCAGGUUUCAAGAAUUGAAUAAGUUAAUUCUGAUGCAUUAGCCCUAGAAAAUCCAAAAUGAGGUACAUGUAUGGAGUUAAAGUUUAGAAUUACAUCUUUACUUACAUUGUACAUCACUUGAACUUGGCCACAUCAUUAGAAUUUUUAAUCAUUUCAGUUUCCUGUAAAAGGGAGGAAACUCUAUUCCUAAUGGAAACUCAUGCACAUUAUAAAUUGGUGACUUCAAUUACAUGUAGGCUUAAACCCUAACAUAAAAGGGGAAUGUUCAGUUUUCUGAAAAGUAGGAUACCACAUACAUUUAAUUCUUUUCCCUAAAAAUCACCUCAUGCACAUUGUCAUUGAUAUUGCAUUUAAUUAAUAAGAACAAUACAAUUUGUUUGAGGUUCUGUAAGUGGAGACCGUACUUGUAAAUAAAAUAUUAUAUAUAGCUCAACUUUAGGUUAAAAAUCAUCACAUAUAAAUCAUACUCCCUAAUCAUUUAACCAUGCAUUAAAUAUACAUGUACCAUUGCUUUAUUGUUAUAUUUCUAAAAAAUAAGAAAUGAUUUGAGCGGUCAGUGGGAUGGUAACUUUGUUUUAAUUCUAUGAAUUCUUGUUGUUGUACCAUUUAAGAAAAUUUAAACAAAAUUUCUUUAUCUUUAAGCAAAUGGUACAGAUUGUUAUUGGUUGAAUUCUGAUAAGUCUUGCUAUUAAAACCUCUAAAACCUUUUGAAAGAUAUAUGAUUUGCUCUCUUUUGUCUUAUAAUACUGUCCUCACAGUCCUAGGAUGAUCUUUAGGUUUUAAUAUGAAUGACCAACUGAAUACACACAACUGGAAUAAUAUCUUUUUGUAUUAGUUCAUUAUCUGGGUGUAAGCAUUUAUCAUAAAAAUUGUUAUAAUAGUUUAAAUACGAUUCUUUAGAAGAUACGUAUAAGAGUAUAUAUCAUGUUUGUUGUCAUUAUAUCAUCAUUGUAUAUAUCCAGUUUACUAGUUUCUAACAAUAAAAAGAAACAAAACAAAUUACAUACUGUUCAUACUUUAUCCAUUAGAGCCACAGUGACUCAUAAAAGAGGAAUUAUGGGAGAUUAGGUAAAGAGUUGACAGUUCUCACUAUAAUAAUUAAAAAAUAUAGAUAACGUAAAUAGAAUGUGCUGAAAAUUGCCCUACUCUGAACCAAGAUAUUAGCUUUUGAAUUUUAGGCUAGCCUCGAUCAUCAUUACUAAAGUUUAAUUAUUUUCAAAAAAUGGAUUCCAAUCCGCUAAAUAUCGCAGGCUGGCGAUGGCAUUGAGAGUUGAUUAUGAUCUGGAUAAGUUAAUUAAUGUCUAAUUAAUAAUUUAGAUAACAUUUCAAGCCUAAAGAAAGACCUGCACAAUAGGCAGAUUUAGCUCUUGCAUAAUGUAUGUUUAAAUAAGGCGCUGGCUCAUUAAAGAUGCAUAACAUUUAUGUAAUACAUGUAUUUGGAUAAAGAACUGGUCGUUUUUUUUUCUAGUAUAAUUUUUAAUCAAAAAGUUGAUGAAAAUGAAUAUUGAAAAUUUCAAUCAAAUUACUGAAGUCUGGGCAAAGUUAUGAAUGGUUAGAGUUUUGACCAGAUUUAGCCUAGACAGUGUAGAUUGUCAAUAAAUAUUGUCUUGACUGUCCA